AUGAAGCGUCGAUGGAUAGACCAGAAUACCCACUUGAGCGAUCGUGCUGAACAAGAGAAGCUCUUGUGGCAGCGAAUUGUGUCGGUGACGAGGGAGCCUUCGACUGAAGAUAUCGAUAUUGAUGAUAUCUGUGAAACCCUUAUUACCGAGCUUCAUCUCACCAGGAGUGAGGUUCUUCGUGCAAAACGGCAGCAGUGGGAGACGGUGGAAAGUGAGGAAUCGAAUAUGACUAAGUCAUUGGCUAGAGAAGGAGAAGCUACUGAUAGUAUACUAUCGAGGGUGAUUACAGGGAGAGCUCAUGGUGGUGGUGGGCAGCUGAAUAAGGGGUCGAAAUCAGGAGAGGGUAACACUGAUGAGGGCAGCAUGAGAGAGUCAUCCCUUGACCAUUUGCAACCUGAGAUGGUGGAGGCGAUCGAGGCACUGCGAGUGAGCCCUUCUGAAGGCAACAUCAUUCGAGAUGAGGAUAUUGCUGGGUUGAAGUUCACAAAACAAACAAUCACCGAAGUACUGAUAAUGCCACAGAAGUUCCCGCAGCUUUUCACUUCCCCAUUGACAAGACCACCAAGAGGCAUACUUCUCUUUGGGCCACCCGGUACCGGCAAGACCAUGUUGGGACGAUGGAUAGCCUCUAAAGUGAAUGCCACUUUCAUAAACGUGUCGGCAUCAAUUCUUUUCUCGAAAUGGAUCGGGGAGAGUGAGAAAAUGGUGAAUACCUUAUUCCAAGUGGCUGAUCAUUACCAACCAACAGUCAUAUUCAUUGAUGAGGUAGAUAGUAUUCUCGGUGCAAGAUCCGAAGGGGACCACGAGUCCACGAGACGAUUAAAGAAUGAGUUCCUUGCCGCUCUGGAUGGUAUCACCAGCAGACCCGAGUCUCGAAUACUCUUCCUUGGAGCGACCAAUCUACCCUGGCAGAUUGACGCUGCCGCAUUGAGGAGAUUCCCCAAAAAGCUGGCAAAGCACUCGCUAGCAUAUAAUAAUAUCGAGAAUACUACACUUCGGAGAAUAAUAAACUUCUGUCUCAGGCUUACAUCAUGCGAGUUCCAAACUUUCUGGAGUCUUGCCAUUCUUUGCUCCGCGAGUUGCAUGCGCCUACGAAUAUGGGUUUCAUUAUCCCGUUUGCCAUCGAUUAUGGCACCGAGGAUACUCAAUUUAUCAGUGCAUUUAAUCCUUGACUUUUCCGAGCUGCCUUCCUUACUCUCCAGGAUAUUGCUGGUGAGCUCUUUCGAUCACCUGCAGAUGAUGAGUGUACCAUUGGCAGGUUUGAAGUUCGCAAAACAAACAAUCACCGAAGUACUGAUAAUGCCACAGAAGUUCCCGCAGCUUUUCACUUCCCCUUUGACAAGACCACCAAGAGGCAUACUUCUCUUUGGACCACCCGGUACCGGCAAGACCAUGUUGGGACGAUGGAUAGCCUCUAAAGUGAAUGCCACUUUCAUAAACGUGUCGGCAUCAAUUCUUUUCUCGAAAUGGAUAGGGGAGAGUGAGAAAAUGGUGAAUACCUUAUUCCAAGUGGCUGAUCAUUACCAACCAACAGUCAUAUUCAUUGAUGAGGUAGAUAGUAUUCUCGGUGCAAGAUCCGAAGGGGACCACGAGUCCACGAGACGAUUAAAGAAUGAGUUCCUUGCCGCUCUGGAUGGUAUCACCAGCAGACCCGAGUCUCGAAUACUCUUCCUUGGAGCGACCAAUCUACCCUGGCAGAUUGACGCUGCCGCAUUGAGGAGAUUCCCCAAAAAGCUGUACACCCCGCUGCCCGGCAUAGGAGCUCGGAAGUAUCUAAUCACCAGGUUACUGGAUCUACAUCAUGCUAGCAUAUCGACUGAGACACCAGCCGGUCUCAAUGAAGAAGUCAUACAUCGAGUGUCAGAGAGUACCGAGGGAUAUUCUGGGAGUGACAUCAAACAGUUGAUGUGCGCCGCUGCGAUAGUACCCAUACGGGAAGCCUUGGCCAAAAUUGUAUCAUCGGGUGACGAGGAGGAAUAUUCUAAUGUUAUUCCUCGACCGCUGGUCAAGGCUGAUCUCGACGAUGCGCUUGCCCACAGUCAUGCCAGCGAUGCUAAGCUUGAGGAGUAUAUCGAGUGGAAUGAUAAAUUCGGAUCAUGGCCCACUCAAGUUGUUAUGCAUGACGAAUAA